UUCCCUUCUUUUUCCUGGUGAGCGGCUGCGUCGUGCAGGAGGUACUUUGGCCUUCGCGGCCUCCGUCGUCCCGCGGGCUGCCGGGCAACCGAAGGGGAAACGGCUGGCGUCGCUGCCGCCUCCGCCACAGAACUCUCGGAUCUGAUGGCGCUCCCCACGCUGCCCUCUUAUUGGCUCACCCGGAGACCCCUGGACAAGAAGGUAGCACGCCAACGCCAGCAAGAGCAGGAGGCCCAGCUUCGCCAGCAGUGGGAGCAGAACAGCCGUUAUUUCAAGACUACGGACAUCCACAGCUCCAAACUGGCCGAAUGGAGUUCCAAGACCUCCUACCAAAGGAGCAUGAACGCCUACCAUCGUGAGAAGAUGAAGGAGGAGAAGAGGAUGAGUCUGGAAGCCCGCCGUGAGAGACUCAGGCAGCUUGUGCUGGAGGAGCAGGACCUGCUGGCCGCUGAGCUGGAAGAGCUGAGGUUGAAUGUGAACCUGCAGGAACGAAAAAUCAGGGAACAGCACAAGGAUCUGAAGUCAGCCCGAGAAGAACGAAGGAAACUGAUUGCUGAACAGCUUUUAUAUGACCACUGGAAGAAAAACAAUCCUAGACUUCGUGAGCAAGAAGCCAGCGAGGAGCAGGAGAAAAAGCGGUUUGAAAAUGAGUAUGAAGCUGCCCGCAGGGAAGCGAUGGAACGGAUGAGAGCAGAGGAGGAGAGGAGGCAGCUGGAGGACAAGCUUCAGGCUGAAGCCCUGCGCCAGCAGAUGGAGGAGCUGAAGCAGAAGGAGAUGGAGGCAACCAAGCUGAAGAAGGAACAGGAGAACCUGAUGAAGCAGUGCUGGGAGCUGGAGAGGCUGGAGGAAGAGAGAAGGCAGAUGGCAACCCUCCGGCGCAAGGCGGAGCUGGGGCGCUUCUUGAGACAUCAGUACAAUGCCCAGCUCACCAGGCGGACCCAGCAGGUCCAGGAGGAGCUGGAGGCAGACGGGCGAAUCCUGCAGGCACUCCUGGAGAAGGAAGACGAGCUGCAGCGUGUCCAGCUGGCCAGGCGGGAGCAGGCACUGGCCGAUGCAGCCUGGAUGAAACAGGUCAUUGAGGAGCAGCUGCAGCUGGAGAAAGCUCGGGAGGCAGAGCUGCAGCUACUGCUGAGGGAGGAGGCCAAGGAGAUGUGGGAAAAGAGAGAAGCAGAGUGGGCUCGAGAGCAAAGUGCUCGGGACAGACUGAUGAGUGAGGUUCUGGCGGGGAGGCAGCAGCAGAUACGAGAAAAGAUGGAGCAGAACUGGCGGGCGCAAGAGGAGACCCUAAAACACAGGGAGAAACUCCUCCAGAGUCUGGAGGAGGCAAGGCAGUCAGCUCAGCGUGCAAAGGAGGAGCGUGAAGAGCUGAAGUCAGCCAGGAAGCAGGAGCUGGAAGCCCAGGUUGCAGAGCGCCAGCUCCAGGCUUGGGAAGCAGCCCAGCAGGUGGAGGAGGAAGAGGAGGAACUCAAGCGGGCAGAACAGCACUCCGAUGCUCUGCUGCAGCAGGAGGCCAAGAUCAUGGCUGAGGAGGGCUACCGGCCCAAGCCCUACGGACACGUCAAAAUGGCCUGGGACUGACAACGAGCACAGAGAAGCAUGCCAACUUGAUAGACAGCUCCAGACAUUUGUACAGUGCUUGGUUCUGGCCACAGCUCAGGGUGUUGCUGGGGAGUUCGACCAUGCCUGUUCAGGCACAUCAUGGUCCAGCUAGAUGUCAAGACGCCAUAGGUGUGCAGUGCCCAGUAAUAGCCCUCUCCUGCCUUCCUCACUCAGACAGGUCUUACAGACAGACUCAUGUUUACAGUGCUGUCCAGAGGUCUAAAUAGAUUUUAGAGCUGCUGCAAGUUGUAUUCCCAGGACAGGAUAUGUAGGUUCCCGUUCUCACCUGUACAUGUCAGCUCUAGAUGGGACCACGAGCCUGGGGGAGGAGGGAGCAUUCCAGGUUUUAAAGUUGCCAUUUAGUAAGUUAUUCUGUUGAAGGCAGACUUGUAAGUCUUUGUGUAGUUGUUUCAGGUUAUUAGCUGCAUAGCCCCAAAAGGUCAUGUGUGUAUUCUGGAAAAGCCUGGCAGACUGGGCAUUUAUUGUACUUUCUGGAAAGUGGGCAAUGAAGAAGCUCCGUCUUCUGGAAGUGUUGUGAGGAUUCUCAUGGGGGCUGGGGUGUAGCUCUGUGGAAUGCUUCCCUGGCAGCCUAUGGUCCUCAUUCCAGCCAGCACCCCCAAGAAGAAAAGAAUCCCAUAUAGCAUCAGAACACAUGCCACCCCUGAAGAGUCCUCAAGUCACCUGGUGGGUUAGCCUGAUAAAGGCAUUUGUUUAACCCUGUGAAGCUGUGUUACUUUGCCUGUCUAAAACACCUGAUGGUCUAAUAAAGAGCUGAAUAGUC